UUCCUGGGACAACAGUCUGCGUCCUCAUACCUGUCUCGCUCACUGCUCUGGAAGAGCUGGGACCUGGAGCUGGUGACGCCAGAUAGCCUUGAGAGGGAGUGCAUGGAGGAGAUGUGCACCUACGAGGAGGCCAGGGAGGUGUUUGAGGGAAGGGGGCAGUGAAUGUGGUGGUACCUUUCAUGAAAGUCUGUUGGAAAUUAUGUAUUAUUUACACACAUUAAGAAUACUGUAACCUUGUUCAAUUAAUUGACUAGGAAUUUACUUGGAAUUACAUUUAUAUUUUCCACAGAAUGUAUUUUGGGACACAUAUACCAGCAGUCACUGUAAGACCUUUUUGGGGGGGCUUUUAGUAAAACUAUACUAAGUCUAUGUUGACAUUUACAUUCUCACUACUGUCCUCAUGUUUCUCUAUGGAUGAUGAUUACCUCCUGAGUGGCGCAGUGGUCUAAGGCACUGCUACGCAGUGCUAGCUGUGCCACUAGAGAUCCUGGUUCCUAUCCAGGCUCUGUCGUAGCUGGCCGCGACCGGGAGACCCAUGGGGCGGCGCACAAUUGGUCCAGGGUAGGGGAGGGAAUGGCCGGCAGGGAUGUAGCUCAGUUGGUAGAGCAUGGCGUUUGCAAUGCCAGGGUUGUGGGUUCGAUUCCCACGGGGGGCCAGUAUGAAAAAUAAAAAAAGUAUGUAUGCACUCACUAACUGUAAGUCGCUCUGGAUAAGAGCAUCUGCUAAAUGACUUAAAUGUAAAAUGCUAGCAUUAAUAUAAUGUACAUUGCAAAUGUAUUCAUUGUGUUGGUUCUUUAGACACAGUGCCCAGAGUGGAUGUGUCGGGUCUAGUGGCAGGGAUCUUGGCUACUCUAGUGUCUGCUGUCAUAGCCGCUGGACUGCUACUGUUACAAGAACAAGGCUGGUAGGACGGCAGGCAGGUAAGAUUGAGUGUGUGUGUUGUGUCUAUGUAUGUUAGUGUGUCGAUCUUAGAGUGUAAGUAUGUACAGUACAGUCGUGGUCAAAAGUUUUGAGAAUGACACAAAUACUAAUUUUCACAAAGUCUGCUGCCUCAGUUUUUAUGAUGGCAAUUUGCAUAUACUCCAGAAUGUCAUGAAGAGAGAUCAGAUGAAUUGCAAUUAAUUGCAAAGUCCCUCUUUGCCAUGAAAAUGAACUUAACCCCAAAAAAUGUCCACUGUAUUUCAGCCCUGCCACAAAAGGACCAGCUGACAUCAUGUCAGUGAUUCUCUCAUUAACACAGGUGAGAGUGUUGACGAGGACAAGGCUGGAGAUCACUCUGUCAUGCUGAUUGAGUUAGAAUAACAGACUGGAAGCUUUAAAAAGAGGGUGGUGUUUGAAAUAAUUGUUCUUCCUCUUAACCAUGGUUACCUGCAAGGAAACACAUGCCGUCAUCAUUGCUUUGCACAAAAAGGCCUUCACAGGCAAGGAUAUUGCUGCUAGUAAGAUUGCACCUAAAUCAACCAUUUAUCGGAUCAUCAAGAACUUCAAGGGGAGAGGUUCAAUUGUUGUGAAGAAGGCGUCAGGGCGCCCAAGAAAUCCAGCAAGCGCCAGGACCGUCUCCUAAAGUUGAUUCAGCUGCAGGAUCGGGGCACCACCAGUGCAGAGCUUGCUCAGGAAUGGCAGCAGGCAGGUGUGAGUGCAUCUGCACGCACAGUGAGGCGAAUACUUUUGGAGGAUGGCCUGGUGUCAAGAAGGGCAGCAAAGAAGCCACUUCCCUCCAGGAAAAACAUCAGGGACAGACUGAUAUUCUGCAAAAGGUACAGGGAUUGGACUGCUGAGGACUGGGGUAAAGUCAUUUUCUCUGAUGAAUCCCCUUUCCGAUUGUUUGGGGCAUCCGGAAAACACCUUGUCCUGAGACAAGGUGAGCGCUACCAUCAGUCCUGUGUCAUGCCAACAGUAAAGCAUCCUGAGACCAUUCAUGUGUGGGUUUGCUUCUCAGCCAAGGGAGUGGGCUCACUCACAAUUUUGCCUAAGAACACAGCCAUGAAUAAAGAAUGGUACCAACACAUCCUCCGAGAGAAACUUCUCCCAACCAUCCAAGAACAGUUUGGUGACGACCAAUGCCUUUUCCAGCAUGAUGGAGCACCUUGCCAUAUGGCAAAAGUGAUAACUAAGUGGCUCGGGGAACAAAACAUCAAAAUGUUGGGUCCAUGGACAGGAAACUCCCCAGACCUUAAUCCCAUUGAGAAUUUGUGGUCGAUCCUCAAGAGGCGGGUGGGCAAACAAAACCCCCCAAAUUCUGACAAACUCCAAGCAUUGAUUAUGCAAGAAUGGGCUGCCAUUCGUCAGGAUGUGGCCCAGAAGUUAAUUGACAGCAUCCCAGGCGGAUUGCAGAGGUCUUGAAAAAGAAGGGUCAACACUGCAAAUAUUGACUCUUUGCAUAAACGUAAUGUAAUUGUCAAUAAAAGCCUUUGACACUUAUGGAAUGCUUGUAAUUAUACUUCAGUAUACCAUAGUAACAUCUGACAAAAAUAUCUCAUAAUACUGAAGCAGCGAACUUUGUGAAGACCAAUACUUGUGUCAUUCUCAAAACUUUUGACCAGGACUGUAUAGCCUACCUAACCUAAGGCAUAUAUUGCCUGGUUGCCCUAUCUGUCAGCAAAUUUCAUAUGAUAAAAUAGACCUAUGUAAUCCCGGGUAGCCCUAUAUAGCAGCAACACUAUUUCAGAAAUAAGCAAUGGACCCUGAAUCUUCCCAUAUUUUGUCUUGUCUGUGUGUGGCCAACAUUACUUGUGUGUAGCCUAACCUAGUAUUACUUUUAUGUAAUCGGUUUCAGUGCUCCAGUGAGGAUGGAUGUGGAUGGCCAGCCUGCUCCAGAG